AUGCGUUUCAACAUCGUCACCCUCCUCCUGGCCGGAGUUACUGCCACCUCCGCCGCCACUACCACCUCCGCAGCAAGCUCAGCCUCAACCUGCUCGCCCUCAUCUUCUGAUGCCAAGGUCCUCGAAUUUGCCCUGGGUGUCUCCAACUUCAUCGGCAGCUUCUACAACUCUACCGUGAACAGCACCUUCGGAGAGUCGAACAACGCCACCAUCAAAGCAUACCAGAAGAUCCUCUUCGGCCUCGAAAAGGGCAACACUCUAUCCAGCGUAGCCAUCGAGAAAGUCGGCGCCAAAGCCUCCGGCUUCUCCAAGCCCAAGUGCGACUACAAGUUCCCCGAGGUCAACAGCACCCAGACCUGGGCACAGUGGGCCUACCGCUUCGAGGAUACCGUCACUGGUGCUUUCAUCGGUCUUGCUGGCUACACUGAGUCACCUGAGGUCUCCUUCCUCAUGGCUCGCUUGGCUGCCGAGCACAGCGCCCACUCUUCCUUGAUUGGUAGCCGUGUGAACUCGACCUACUUUGCCCAGAACUCUACUUCUCUUGUUGCGGCUUAUGGCCCAGCUCAGAUCUUGUCCACUCGCAACCAGACUGGUAGCCUCGGCGAGUAUCUUGGUGACUGCCUCACUGCCCCGACUAGCCCUUGUGGCCAGCUGAGAAUUGGCCCCUUGGCUGCUACUCCCUCGCCCUCUUCGGGUGCGGCGAGCAGCUCCAGCUUGGCUACUUCUGCUUCCAAGAAGAUCUAA